AUGACAAACAAUAAUUCUGAACAAUUCAUAAACGGUCCAGUUCGUUACUUUCGAUUAAUAGGCUUUGAGUUUGAAACUACAGAAAAAUGGAUGAAAUUUCUUCUAAUCAUUGGUCUUUGUAACGUGAGCAUUGUACUUGUAGCUCAAAUAUUGUUUGGAGCUUUAUCAGAUGUUGAACUUGCUGAAAGAACUGCUGGCAUAUCUUACUUGAACUAUUUUCUCGUAUCCAUUGGAAAGAUGAUCUCACUCAUUUACAAUAGAAGUGUAAUGGUCAAAACAUUGAAUGAAUUUCGAAUGAUUUAUCCAUCGAAACAUUUGGAGAAAACUUUUAAACUUCAGAAAUAUCUCAAGAAAUACUUGCUAAUCGAAAGAUUUAUCACAGGAUUCUUUAAAAGUAUUACAAUAUUUUAUUGCAUCUUCCCAGUCAUACUGUGUUUGACUGAACUUGUUCGUAAUAGAGAAUUUACUUAUCGAACACCGCUAAUGUUGUGGUAUCCAAUCGAAAUUCGUAACAAUUAUGGAUUUUAUAUUUUCACCUAUUUGCAACAAACAUGGGCCAGUUUUGAAGUUGCUAUAAUUAUUUUGGGAACUGAUUUGUGUCUUUUUAGUUCUUUAUUGCAAUUAUGUAUGCAUUUAGAAGUUAUUAAGAGAAAUAUCCUUAAUAUUAAACCUGAUAAGACUGAAAUAGCUGAAAAGAAAUUGAAGAAACAAAUCAUUUAUCAUCAAAUGGUGUUAAGACUUGCUGAGAAAAUCAAUGAUAUUUUUACACCAUCAGUUUUAUUUAGUUUGCUGGCAUCGUCCUUUAUUAUCUGCUUUACAGGAUAUCAAUUGCUAGGGGUGAUAAACUAA